AUGGAUAUCGUCGUUGCUAAUCGUGACAAUAACACUAUAGGUAUACUUCUUGGUUAUGGCAACGGCGGUUUUACAACUCAAACAACUUAUGCUACUAACUCUGAUCCACUAUAUGUAGUUGUUAUUGACUUUAACAACGACGCUCAGCUAGAUAUAGCUGUCGCCAAUUCAGCAAGCAACAAUGUAGGUAUAUUUCUCGGAUAUGGUAACGGCAGUGUUACAGAUCAAACAACCUAUUCUACGGGCCUUUUCCCACGCUCUAUAGCUGUGGGUGAUUUCAACAACGACACUCAAAUGGAUGUCGUCAUUGCUAAUGAAAACAGCAACAGCAUAAGUGUACUACUCGGAUAUGGGGAUGGUACCUUUGCAAAUCAAACAACUUAUGCUACUGGCACUGGUCCAGGAUCUAUAGCUGUUGGUGACUUCAACAACGACACUCGACUGGAUAUCGUCACCACUAAUUACAAGAGCAACGAUGUAAGUAUACUUCUCGGAUAUGGCAAUGGUUCCUUUGCAGAUCAAACAACUUAUUCUACUGGCUCUGAACCACGUUUUGUAGCUGUUGGUGACUUCAACAACGACACUCGACUGGAUAUUGUGGUUGCUAACCGUGUUAGUAAUACUAUAAGUGUACUUCUUGGAUAUAACAAUGGCAGUUUUGCAGAUCAAACAACCUAUUCCACUGACUCUGAACCAUGGUCUGUAGCUGUUAGUGACUUCAACAACGAUAUGCGACUAGAUAUUGUUGUUGCUAAUUCAGGAAGCAACAAUGUGGGUGUUUUUCUCGGAUAUGGGAAUGGCAGUUUUUUAGACGUAACGACUUGUUCCACUGGCUCUGGUCCACUGUUUGUAGCUGUUAGUGAUUUCAACAACGAUACUCGAAUGGAUAUCGUUGUCGCUAAUACAGGGGAACAAAAUAUAGGUGUAAUGCUUCAAGAGAAUAUCGUAGGUCUUGGAAAUGCAGAGACGUUUGUAUCUGGUGAUGGUUCCGACUUGCAGUGUCUUGUUGUUCGUGAUAUGAAUAAUGACAAUUACUUGGAUAUGGUGGUUGCUAAUUACGGCAGUAAAACAAUAGGCGUUCUUAUUGGUAAUGGGGACGGUACUUUUACAAAUCAAGUAACGUAUUCAACUGGCUCUCGUCCGAACUCUGUAGCUGUAGAUGAUUUCAACAAUGACACUCAUUUGGAUAUUGCUAUAGCCAAUUAUGAUAGUAAAAGUGUAAGUAUGCUGCUUGGAAAUAGCAAGGGAACAUUUACGGUACAAACCAGUAUUGGAACUCGUUUUCCUUUUGCUCCCUCUCUUCUUGCAGUUGGUGAUUUGAACAAUGAUGGACGAUCAGAAAUUAUAGUUGCCCAUGAUAGCAGUGACGUCAUCCAUAUACUUGUUGCAUAUGACGUCGGAUCGUUAACAAAUCAAAUCACCUUUUCUACUGGUACUUAUCCAAGCUCUGUAGCUGUUGGUGAUUUCAACAACGACACUCAAUUGGAUAUCGUCGUUGCUGAUCACUAUACCAAUACUGUAAGCAUACUUCUUGGAUAUGGUAACGGUAGCUUUGCAAAUCGAAUGACUUAUUCUACUGGCUCUGGUCCAAUAUCUAUCGCUGUAGCCGAUUUCAACAACGACACUCAUAUGGAUAUCGUCGUUACUAAUUACUACAGCAAUACUGAACUUUAUCGAAUAUAUCCAGGACUAAGUAUGAUGUUUGAUAAAUUCGUUGAAAAAAAUAAUGAACAACAAAAAUGGAAAUCGCUUUCAAAUUGGAUAGAACCGCAACUCGCAUAUAAACCUGUUGAAAUUCAACAAAUAAAAUGA